AUGUCGCGCAAAUUGGAACAACGUGGAUUCAGUGAGAAGUGGGGUGCGACAAUCGCAAUCGCAAUGCCCUUUCUUUUUCAGUUUUGUGCCGCUUUGAAACCAAGUUAUUUGGUUGGUAGUAUCGUUAGUACUAUGGGGAUAUUCCGCAGUCCUGAUCCGGUCCUAACCCAGUACUACUGGGCUCUAAGUUGGGCUGUAGAUUGUUGA